AUGGCCUUUUACAAGAAAUACUUCCCUGAGUCUGCAAGGGAAGCAAAGGAGAUAGAACUAAUGCAGUUGAAGCAAGGUUCCCUAUCUGUGGCAGACUACACCAACCAGUUUGAGGAGCUCUGUAGAUUUUCUAGGGUAUGUCAAGGUGCCCCGGAGACUUACGACAGUUGGAAGUGCAUUAAAUACCAAAGGGGGCUAAAGGACAACAUUAUCACUACUGUGACUCCUAUGGAGAUCCGUGUCUUCUCCGACUUGGUGAACAAGGCCAGAGUAGUGGAAGAGUAUGCCAAGACCGUGGCGGCAUCCAAGGAUACUCAUGGAGGAAGCUCUAGUCGGGGGCAUGGCAAGUAUUUUCAUCCGAGAGGACAAAGCUUCAAGAGAGGAGGAUAUGCACCUCAAGGUCAAGGAGGCUUUAGAAAGAACACCCAUGAUCAGAUUCAGCGUGGCAAAGGGAGAGGAAAUCAGAGUAAGAGUUCUUCGGAUUUAGCUUGUGAUCGUUGUGGACGUUUUCAUCCAUAUGACUCUUGCAAGAUUGGUAUAAGUGGGUGCUUCCACUGUGGCUUGCCUGGUCAUUUUGCGAGGGAUUACACACGUGGGAAGAACCCAAGUGCAGGUCAGAGUCAACACCAGGGGCGAGUCUUUGCUGUGAACGCCAAUGAUGCUUCCAAGGCAGAUCCAUUGAUGAGAGGUAUAUGUCUAAUUGGUGAUAAAUCCUUAGUUGCAUUAUAUGAUACUGGAGCUUCACAUUCGUUUAUUUUGUUUGCUAAAGUUGAGAAAUUAGGCUUGAAAGUGUCAGAGUUACCUUUUGAUCUGUAUGUACAUACUCCGCAUCAGACAGUUAUGACUAGGUUAGGUUGUAGACGAGUAGGUUUCAAGCUUGAGGGUAGAGAUUUUGUGCAUGAUUUGAUCUGUUUACCAAUGGUGGGGCUAGAGAUGAUUUUGUGGUUUGAUUGGUUGUCGAAGAAUCGGGUUUUGUUGGAUUGCUUAGAAUGGACUAUUCGGUUUAUGCCGGAAGGAGAGAAUGGAGCAGUGGUAGCUACGGGAUAUUACCUGAACUCUGUAAUGGUGCAUUGUAGUGGGAAGGAGUGUCAGGGUUAUAUUUCGUUGGCUACGAAUGCGUUGGGUGAUGUCCAGAACUUGGAUCAGAUACCAGUAGUUAGAGAUUUUCCUGAAGUAUUCCCGGAAGAUAUCCCUGAGUGCCCACCUCAAAGGGAAAUUGAAUUUGCGAUUGAAUUGGUGCCGGGAGCCAGACCAGUAUCGAUUGCGCCGUAUAGAAUGGCUCCGAUAGAACUGGCAGAGUUAAAGACUCAGUAUCGACCGAGUGUAUCACCGUGGGGAGCACUAAUUUUAUUGGUAAAGAAGAAGGAUGGAGGAAUGCGUUUAUGUGUGGAUUACCGAUAG